AAAUAUAGUUGAAAUAGUUGGGUUCUUUCAUUUUUUUUUAUUUUUUCUUGGCAACAUUUCCUUGCGUCUAAGUGUUGGAAUUUUGUUUGAAAAGUCUAGGCAUCUCUAUCUCUUUUUCUUUCUCCAUCAGAAGGGUACUGUUCAAAACUCUCUAGGAAUUCCAUGAACAGCUAAAACGCCCUCGUUUUUGCCUUCUGUGCUGUAGCUGUAUGUACGUACUUGGCUCAAAAGGAGACAAGCCCAUUACUUCUUUUGUAAGAUUAUUAUUCUAGUGUUCAUAGACAAAGCUGCUGUUUUUUCUCUCCCUCUCUCUCCAUUCUCCAAGACUAAGCUAAUUGUUAACCAGCAAAUUUCUUAGUUUUCGAGUUGAAGCCAUUCGGGGUUGAAGUAGAUUGAGCUUUGUACAUCUGGAGCCAACAUGUGUAAUAGCAGCUGAGCACCAAUUAAUUAUUAAUCCAUGUCAAGCUUGGCCUCCUGACAUUGUCGUAACUUUUUAUUGAUUUCUGGAGGGAAAUAUACAGAGUAUAUUCCAGGCAUAAGAUGAUGGGACUUUGAUGUUCUCCUGUAUCUCAUGAUAGUAUGCCAUGCACCAAAAACACCUAGUUGGAACAUAACAUAAUCAUUUGGAAAUGGAUAUUAAGGAGGCAGAGCGGGUAGUUAUAGCUAAACCAGUUGCCUCAAGGCCUACUUGUUCAAGCUUUAGGUCCUUCACGGAGCUUCUUGCAGGAGCUAUCGAUGCCUCUCCUUCUAAUAUAUCUUCUGAAACUGCUGUUCCUGCCAUCAGACCAAAGACUGUGAGGUUCAAGCCAACGGUGAAUCAUGCUGUCUCUGGAUUGGUUUCUUCCCAGGCAGAGAUGUCUGGUACUGCACAUAGUAAUUCAUCAGAGAAGAUCUCAAAAUCAGACAGCAGAGCAAGUGUGGUAUACAAACCGUUGGCAAAAGUUGUAUCAAGGGCAACUGUUUCUGUCUUGGCAAAUAUGGGAAACUUCAAUACCAGCCACCAAUCUACACAAUCAUCAGUCGAGGCUGGUGUUCUACAUCAAAAUCAAGAUAAAUGCUUUAGAUCCCAACUUAGCCCAAAUCUGCGCCAUAAUAAUCCAUCAUGUGCUGAGACAAAUCAGACAAUAGAGCCUUUGAAGAUAGCAUCACAAAACAUGGAAGAGGAUCCAAAACCUAUACCGUCCACAGCCAAUACUGAUAGGCCUUCUUAUGAUGGGUAUAAUUGGAGAAAAUAUGGACAAAAGCAGGUCAAAGGAAGUGAGUACCCGCGAAGUUACUAUAAGUGCACUCAUCCAAAUUGUCCUGUGAAAAAGAAGGUUGAGAGAUCUUUGGAUGGACAGAUUGCUGAGAUUGUCUACAAGGGUGAACACAACCACUCAAAACCUCAACCUCCAAAGAAAAGCUCAUCGGGGACGCAAGGUUUAGGCUUAGCAUCUAAUGGAACCGGUCAAGAUACCAACAACCGGUUAUGGAAUAGUCAACUUAAUGAAAGGAAUGAAGGUUCUGAAGGUAGAGUAGAGGAUCAGAAUGAAGCUGGAUUACCUGUGCAUUCUUAUCAAAGUAAAGCUCCACUACUUUAUGAUCCUCUUGCAAGUGGAGGAAUAAAUGCGGGUGGUGGAACACCUGAUAAUUCUUGUGGUCUUAGUGGAGAAUGUGAGGAAGGAAGCAAGGGACCUGAAGCAGAGGAUUAUGAACCUAGAAGUAAAAGAAGAAAAAGCGAGAAUCAAUCGAAUGAAGGGGGCAUAUCAGGAGAAGGUGUGCCAGAUCCCCGUGUUGUGGUGCAAAGUUCUGUAGAUUCUGAUAUGACGGGUGAUGGCUUCCGUUGGAGGAAAUAUGGGCAGAAGGUUGUUAAGGGAAAUCCAUAUCCCAGAAGUUACUAUAGAUGCACCAGUCUCAAAUGCAGUGUGCGUAAGCAUGUCGAAAGAGUCUCAGACGAUCCCAAAGCUUUUAUCACAACAUACGAGGGAAAGCACAAUCAUGACAUGCCACUGAGGAACACAAACCCAGGAGCAUCGGAAAAGGAUGCACAGGCCCCCACAAGCAAAGAAAAGCCAUGAACGACCACCACAUCACAUUCACACUUUGGGAUAAAAAUGUCUCAACCUCAUCCCCAUGCUUGUCUGACAGAAAUCUCAGAUGGGCUCAGAAGAUCUCAGACACCAAAUAAACUAGUGCAGUGAUUUUGAUGCCCACCUUGAAUGGCCUGCUGCAAUGCCAAUCAUUUUACUUGGGAAUCUCUUUGAAGGCUGCUUGUGGAGACAGCUUCUAUGUGGGUUUUUUGGAAACAUAAAAUGGGUGAAAAUAUUUUGGCUAAUUUUCCCUGUUGCUGCUCCCUUCAUUUAGCUCAGCAUGAGAGUAUUGCAUUCUUUUUCUCUCUUACCCUUAUAACAAAACUUUCUUACACAUGUUAAUGGCAAUUAGGUUGAACUUGUUAGUGCUCCUCCCAAUAACUCAGUAAGUACAAGGAUAGAGAGUAAGUUUAAGGAUUAUUCAAUUCCCAGUGGGUAAUAAUUGUGCUAUUUUUGUUAUAUAAAAAAGUUGUACACUAUAAUUAUAUGUUUAAGAUUUUGAUUAUUAUAUCCAGGCUGCUUUGGACUCUUGGAUACUUUGGCAAAA